GCGUGUGUGUCUGUUUGUGUGCGUUUCUGUGUGUGUUUAUUUGUGUGCGUGUCUGUGUGUGUGUGAGAGAGAGAGAAAGGGGGUCAGCAGCUGUCCGGUGUUUAUAGCGAGGUAGCGGCUAGGCUGUGCUCUGCCAGCAGCGGCUAAAAAGAUGCACACAGCUAACCCUAGGGCUGUGUACGAUAUCGAGGUACCUGCAAGCUAGUAUAUGUUUAUUUUAGAGGGGAAACUGCUGGUACUGCACGACACAGGCGCUAGCAGAAAUGGCCGGGAUAAUUAAAAAGCAAAUUCUGAAACAUUUGUCAAGGUUCACCAAGAAUCUGUCGCCGGACAAGAUCAAUCUGAGUACGUUGAAGGGGGAGGGGCAACUGUCCAACCUUGAGCUCGAUGAAGAGGUUCUGCAGAACAUGCUUGACCUACCUACCUGGCUGGCUGUCACUCGGGUGUACUGCAACAAAGCCGCCAUCAGGAUACAAUGGACAAAGUUGAAAACAAGCCCCAUCUGCCUGUUCUUGGAUAAGGUAGAGGUAGAAAUGAGGACAUGUGAGGAGCCACGUGCACCUAAUGGCCCCUCUCCUAUAGCUAUUACAGCAGGCCAGAGUGAGUACGGCUUUGCAGAGAAAGUGGUGGAGGGCAUGUCUGUGAGGAUCAACUCCAUUACCAUCAAGGUGCAGGCUCGUGCCUUCCACGCGUCCUUCGAGCUCUGGCAGCUGCAAGGCAACAGCCUCAACCCCAAAUGGCAGCACAGUGACCUCCGCUAUACCCGCGUGACCGACCCAAAGAGAGGAGAGGUGUUGACAUUCAAAGAAAUUAACUGGCAGAGUCUACGAAUCGAGGCGGACGCCAUCGAAGGUGACGACCAGGACCUUGGUAGCACCCCGUUACGUCUCAUCACCAACCAGGGACGCAUUCGCAUUGCGCUAAAACGCAGAAUAAAGGACUGUAACGUGCUGGCAUCCAAGCUGCUUUUCAUUCUGGAUGACCUGUUGUGGGUGCUGACGGACUCUCAGCUUAAAGCCAUCAUCCAUUAUGCCAAAUCUCUCAGCGAGGCCAUGGAGAAGUCUGCUCAGCAGAGGAAGAGCAGGACUGCUGAAUCCCUACAGACUGCUCCUCCAUCGCCUGGCCUCCACAGCCUUUGGACAGAGCCCCCACCGGCUCCUACUGGCACUCCCAACAACAUGAGUCAAUACUUCGAUCUCUAUGAUGUCAAGGAGUCUUCUUAUCACACCUUCAUAUCCCGCUUGGACUUGCAUAUAUGCAACGACAGUUCUUCAAUGGAUGAAGAUGAGCCCCCCCCACCGGGCUUGCAAGGUGCCAUGCAGCUGACAUUCAGGAAGCUGGGUUUUGACUACUAUCCUGUCCACAGACCUGCUGAUGGAUGUCGACACUGGGAGCGACACAGUGGAGCCAUGGAGGCUCAGGUCCAGUGGGCGGGGAAACUGCUGCAGGAGUACCAGAGGAGAGCAGAGGCUUCCGGGUUCCCUGGGCCAAAUACUGAGGUGCCCCAGCCAACCAAGACAGUUCAAGAUGGACAAUCAAGUCCCAAGUCAAGCCCCCCUGACACAGAGCAGGCAUCCAACAGGAACUCUGUCAAAGCUGCUUUGGGGUCAUCACUGAAGAGGCUGCGAUCCAGCUGCGUGGUGAUCAGGAUGGAUGAUGUGGACAUUCACCAGGUGUCUACAAGAGGCCGUCAAAACAAGAAGACCCAGUCUUUAUUAUCCUGCAACCGUAAAGCUCUGCGUUUGCCAGACAAUGUACCAGCAGUUCAUCUGCAGUUUACUGAAUACUACUUUCCUGACAACUCCAGUUUAUCAGUGCCCACAUCAAACCUGUAUGCCCAGCUGAAUAGCCUACAGCUCUGUGUAGAUCCAGCCAGUGUGCUGUGGAUCAAUCUGUUUUCUAGGGGUCUACUGCACACUCUGGACCAGGUCAAAGCUUUCUACCAUUUGCAAGACAGCAGCAAGGCCGAAGAGCAUUUAGACAUUCGCAUGGAUGCAGCUCAGCUCAAGCUGAUAAUCCCAUUGGAUUCUUCCAUCUUGGACCAUCCAGAGCGUCCACAGUCCCUCUGUGUUACUGUAUCCCAGAUGGUUCUCAGCAACACACACCACUGUCCUCAUGGCUCCAGAGCUGACCUCAACAGCACCUAUGACAAGUUUGCCAGCUGCCCUUUCUUCCAGCCCACACCUCCCUGCUCCUACCCCAGAGACCAGAGUGCCUUUCACGCCAUCCCAUCCAGCUUCCUCCAGCACUCUCAAGAGACUGGGCCCCAUCCUCUGGACAGAAAGCAGCUCCGAUCCCAGGAUGUCUGGUCUCUCAGUCUUUCCCGAGUAACCCUAGGUUUUGAUGGAGCUCGGCGAUUCCCCAAAGGCAGAACCCAACCUUUUGUUGAGCCCUUUGCCAUGUCUGUGUGGAUGUGUCAGCCCUCUGCUUUUAAAAAUGCUUCAUCGUCUUCCUCUUCUAGUCCUGGCAGAGCGCACCAGCCUUUGUCUGUGCAGGAAGAGGCUUCACUAGCCUCUGUCCACUUCUUGGCCCACACCAUCACUCCAGUGAAGAUGUGGCUCAACCACUACCAGUAUGUAGCCCUGCUGAGGAUGAAGGAUGCCAUGGCUCGAUUGGGGGCAGAGUUGGGCCGGGACCUACGAGAUGUUAAGCAUGCUCACGGCCAGAAGACAAAACCUAUUACAGUUUGUCUUGCACUUCUGGUGGACUCUGCAGAACUGGGUCUCCUGUUGCCACCAGUCUGCUCAGAGACUGAGGAAGAGGUCCCCCACACCCCGGAGACAGACAGCCCCAGCAUAACAGACUCUGACAUCUCCCCCACUCAUCACUCUGCAGAUGUGGCCCCGGAGGACAGUGUGUUAGAAAACGGCAUCUCUUCCGUCAAUACAGCUCCGUUUGACCAGGAUGAACAAGACGGGGUGGUGGAGGAGGCGUGUGAGGCUGUGGAGGAGGGGGAUGGUUUGACAACACAGGAGGACACUUCUGUUCUCUCACCGCCACUCUCACCUGGACAAUCUCCUGUCCUCUCCCGAGAGCCAUCCACCUUUAGCCUGGAGGGAGAGCUGUCAAGCGCCAUUAAUGUCACCAAGGACGUAACCAAAGAUGCCAUUAGUGCCUCGCUGGAUCUGACUAAAGGGGCAUUUUCAAUAACGAAAGACGCCUUCAGCAUACUGAGUCGUGGCUCAGGGAUGAGCAAAUUUUUCAGUCCGCAGGCAAAGGAACAGGUCCAGGUCCAGCGUUUACAAGAGUCCUCCCCCUCACUGGCUGCCAGCCUGCGCCACCAAUCCAUGAAGCAGUCGCCUUCCCAGCAUUCCUUUGAUAGUGCAAUCUUGGAUGGCAGCCUGCCUGAUGAAAACCUUUCUGUGGAUAGUGACCUCAGCGACAAUUUUGUUGUUCUCCUGGACUCAGAGUCGGGUAUGGAGUCCAUGCGUCCCAACAACACUCCUGCGGGCAGUCGAGGCAGCCCAGCCCCAGGGACAGAGGGCGGCUCAUCAGCUGACCUCAGCAGCUCUCUGUCCCAAAGUUAUGAGGACAUAUCUCAGGACAUGUCCUCAUUGUUGUUGCUGAUCCUGAAUGGAACAGCCUGUACUGUGGAAGCAAAGGGAGAAGACCAAGUUGUGGCCGUAGAAGUGCAGAAUCUGAGCCCUGUGCAGAUUGGCAAUAUCAGGGUUUCAGACCUGCAGGCUGGCCUCAUACAAGCUCCAGACAGGCCAGUCCAGAAGCAGGAUAGGCAGGGGUCUCCAGCAGUGUGCAUGCGAGCAGAAAUGGGUCCAUCUGCUGCCCGACACUCUGCUUUGGCCGAGUCUUUGGGCUUCCUGGAUGUGCGAGUGCAAGACUGUAAGGCAGAGCUGUUGGCCUCCACAGUGGCGAACAUUGGUCCUUUUCUUGAAGAUGAAUUCAGUGCUGAUGGUCAGCCAAUGAAGUUACACAUGAGUAACAUCACCAUCACUUUGAAGGAUGAUAGCCCUAAAAUCUACCCUACAGCCCCUCAACCAGUCCCAGCCUCAUUCAUUAUAGAACAGCUGCUCCUCGAGCGCAGUGAAAAUGGCGUCAUGAGGCUCAAAGCUGAAGGUACAGACCCUAAAGCCUCAGCAGGUGUUCCUGUGGCUGGCCUGGACAGCCCAAACAGUUCCUGUUUUGUUCAACAGCAGAGCAAGAGACACGCCCUGGAGUCCAAGCUCUCUGGUGCCCAGGCUGCUCUCACCCAGGCCCUUAGUGACAGAGAACGCCUCCUUCUGGAAGUCAGGAAGUAUGACCCCACGUUUACUCUCUGAACCUUCUGUAUCACUGCUCCUGCUGAGGAACAGUGAUGGGGAUGUAUCCGGCUGAAUGUCAGGAACCGGCAAGACUCUUCCGGAGCAUGUCUGGACAUUGGACACGUUUGAAAAGAAGAUGAAUCCAAGUUGUGGCUUUGGAUCACUUCCCACUUGCUUUAUCACACUAUUCUUGUGAUUACAAAAGAGCCCCUAUAACAACUACUACAAGGGUAACUUAGUGAUCUAACUUACAGGUACAUUAUUGGUACUACUUUUUAUCUGGCAGUCUAGAUAUUCCUCACUGCUGUACAAAUCACAAAUUAUUCUGGUUCUUUCUCAUCCAAAUCAGUAUGGACAGUAAAGUCAUUGUGUGGUUUUAGUGUUUGUCACAUAGCAUGUAAGGGUAAGAAUUAUCAAGCUUUUAUUCUCUCAAGUUAAUUACUUGUGUUACAGAAAUGUUAGAUCAAGCACAUGCCAAACCUCCUCUUCACAUGCACUGACACUGCCAGACAAGCUGCAAGUCCAUCAGCCGUCCUUCUAUAAAACAUGACUGUCACUGUCACGCAUGCUUUGUGAACCGUGCUAAUUUAUAGACUGUCAUAACUCUACAUACAUAGUAAUGUGAAUUACUUCUAUUAGGUGUGUGUUACUUUUAAUUUAAAAGUAUUCUAAAGAUGUUACUUGUUGAAGAUGUGUGGUGAACUGUAGAGAAAACAAAGCACUUUUAUUUUUUUAAAGAAAGCAGGACUACACUGCUUCAUGGAGAGACGGAUGCAUCUCACUUUCCACCUUGGUUGCUUUAUCACCAGCGUGGAGUGGUUACACACUCUUAUCAAGUUCUCACCGUGCUCAAAAAGCGGGUUGAAUCAUUCCACCAGUGUUAUUUUUCUUUGUGUUGUGAAAUGUUGACCGCGCUUCUUUUGUACUGUGAAACAAUACACUCUGGGGUUGAAUGUUCACUCAAGACGACAUGCCUUUAGAGUUCUCCCUUGGCUGUGGAGAGCAGGUUGCACAGUAGCUUCAGUAUUAUAACUGCGUUUUCACACUUAAGAUGUUUGGUUUAUAAACACAUGGGACGAUGAGAUACCAGAGUUAAAAUACUUGAUUUACUUAAAACAUGUUCUGUAGCUUUCCAGGAAACAAGUCAGAAUGCUAGUGUUAUUACCUCUGUGCACAUUUAUGAUGUAUACGGUAGUAUUGUGGUCAGACAUCAUUACCCUGUUUUUGGAUGUGGUUUUGUAUAUUUAUUAACAUUUGUCAAAGCAUGUUUGUUUUUUUUUGUACUUAAGUGUACUGAAGCCAUAUCAUUCAAAGGAAAUUACAUUUAAAAAAGUUGUGGUACUGAUCAUGCACGCACACAAAAACUGAUAUUUUUCAGUAUCCUGAACUGCUGCAGAUUUUCUCUGUCAGACCAGCUGCCAGUUUAAAUGUCUGUCACUUUUUUCCAUGCAUAAAUCUGCUAUAUGCAUGGAUUCAAACUGAAAAAGACUGUUUAACAGUAUAUCGUUCAUUUUAUGAAUGCUUUCAUGAAAACGGUUUCUGUCAGCUACAUUUUAUGUACAAAUGUUACAUUGUUAAAUCAGGGGUUUAGCCUUUGGGUGGUGUGAUUAUCUAUUUGAGUGGUUACAACGCUGUUACAACUACCUUUCACUUCUAUUCAUCAUUGUCCCAUUGGGUGCUUGGGAGACCCCUGGUGGCUGUGACUUGCUAUAGCAUUCCCAUUCAACAUUUAUCAUUCAAAACAUCUUUUCUUUCUCUUUAAAAAAAAAAAAACAACGUUGGUUGCCUUGCAAGCAAUGAAUGACAGAUUUGCAUUCUUAAAGAGGAUUGUAUAAUAUUUAAGCAAUAGAAAGCGCUUUGGUUUAACCAAAAAACAUGACAAGGAACAGUAACACUACACAUUGUUGAUAUGGAAUACUUCCAUUUUUAAGGUGAUAAAUGUCUAAGAAAAAGUAUUUACCUGUCUACCAGGUUUUAACAAUUUUUCCCUCAACUGCAUGUGAACAACAUCCUCACUCCAUCAGUGUAUUAAAGCAGAUAUACUACCAUUUAACCUCAGUAUCACUUAUAGUUGUGAUAAUUCUUCUCAAGAUUUAGAUGUUUUUGUUUUUUGCUUUUGCAUGGCCUUAGUAGACAAAAAUAAAGUGGUGCAAAAUGGAACUUCCAUUGCUGGAUGCAACAUGUAGCUGUAAAGUUGAUCUAGGUUCCCUCUCUCCAGUCAGGCCUCAGUGUUAAGUAGCAUCCUCUAGUCUGCUCACAAACUGGUGCUCCGAAUUCCACCUACUCACAAAUAUGCAGAAAGGAGGACACGAACUGACCUGGCAAAAUGUUGGCCACUGGAAAGCAGAUGCAUGUACUGAAGUGAUGUAUAGUUAAUGCCUUGUGAGUUACUUGCACUUGUGAUAAAUUCACUGGAAAUUGCACUUGUUUUAAUGUAUAUCACCUCAAGGAAUCGCAGGAGUCUUUGUGAAAUCUUCCUAAGUGAUGCAGAUGUUAGAGACCGUGUGGACAGUAUUUUUGUCAGUUGUGUAGUUACAUUGAAUUUUGUAUUGUCUAUCACUUCAUUGAGACCAGUAUAAACUUGGUUCUGUGAACCAAAGCUAGUAUGUGGAGACUAUUUUAAAAGUGAAAGAAUAAAUGAUUAAUUGCUGAACACAUUAAAGUUGUGCCUUUAAGUUUUAAAUAAAAUGCAUGUUUCCAUUAA